CUUUCAGGCAGGAGCCAGCCUCAUCCUCACACCGAGCUCAGACCGUAUGAGGAGUAGGGAUGGCCGGGGGACGCAGAGGACUAGUGGCCCCUCAAAAUACUUUUCUGGAGAAUAUAGUCCGCCGAUCUAAUGACACCAAUUUUGUUUUGGGGAACGCCCAAAUUGUGGAUUGGCCUAUAGUCUACAGCAAUGAUGGAUUCUGCAAGCUGUCUGGAUACCACCGUGCUGAAGUCAUGCAAAAGAGCAGCACAUGCAGCUUUAUGUAUGGAGAACUCACUGACAAAGAAACGUGCGAGAAAGUCCGCCAGACCUUUGAAAACUACGAGAUGAACUCCUUUGAAAUACUCAUGUACAAGAAGAACAGGAUGCCAGUGUGGUUCUUUGUCAAAAUUGCUCCGAUCCGAAACGAACAGGACAAAGUUGUUCUUUUUCUCUGCACCUUCAGUGAUAUCACUGCAUUCAAGCAGCCUAUUGAAGAUGACUCAUCUAAAGGCUGGGGUAAAUUUGCUCGCCUGACACGGGCGUUGACAAGCAGCCGUGGUGUUUUACAGCAGCUGGCUCCGACCGUCCACAAGGGCGAGAACGUCCACAAGCACUCCCGUCUGGCCGAGGUAUUGCAGCUAGGCUCUGACAUCCUCCCGCAGUACAAGCAAGAGGCUCCGAAAACACCUCCUCACAUCAUCCUGCACUACUGCACCUUCAAAACUACCUGGGACUGGGUGAUUCUCAUCCUCACUUUCUACACGGCCAUUAUGGUGCCCUACAACGUGUCCUUCAAGACCAAGCAAAACAACGUCACCUGGCUGGUGGUAGAUAGCAUUGUGGAUGUGAUUUUCCUGGUAGACAUUGUGCUUAAUUUCCACACCACCUUUGUUGGACCUGCUGGGGAGGUGAUUUCAGACCCAAAGCUCAUUCGGAUGAACUACGUGAAGACCUGGUUCGUCAUUGACCUCCUCUCCUGUCUUCCUUAUGAUGUCAUUAAUGCCUUUGAGAACGUUGACGAGGGCAUCAGCAGCCUAUUCAGUUCUCUGAAGGUGGUGCGUUUGUUGCGUCUCGGCCGUGUGGCCCGUAAGCUGGACCACUACAUUGAAUACGGUGCGGCGGUGCUGGUGUUGCUGGUUUGUGUGUUCGGCCUGGCCGCCCACUGGCUGGCCUGCAUCUGGUACAGCAUCGGUGACUAUGAGGUCAUAGAUGAAGAAAACAACUUGCCUCGCAAUAACAGCUGGCUGUAUCUUCUGGGAGAAGCCGUUGGCACACCAUAUCGCUACAAUGCCAGCGGCACGGGAAAGUGGGAAGGGGGUCCAAGCAAAGAUUCGGUCUACAUCACAUCAUUGUACUUCACCAUGACCAGCCUGACCAGUAUCGGCUUCGGGAACAUCGCGCCCACCACGGAUGGAGAGAAGAUCUUCGCCGUGGCCAUGAUGAUGAUUGGCUCUCUCCUUUAUGCCACCAUCUUUGGUAACGUAACCACCAUCUUCCAGCAAAUGUACGCCAACACCAACCGCUACCACGAGAUGUUAAACAGCGUGAGAGACUUCCUGAGGCUCUACCAGGUUCCCAAGGGCCUCAGCGAGAGGGUCAUGGACUAUAUCGUCUCUACAUGGUCCAUGUCCAGAGGAAUUGACACAGAUAAGGUGUUGCAAAUUUGCCCCAAAGACAUGCGAGCGGACAUCUGCGUUCAUCUCAACAGGAAGGUGUUCAAAGAGCAUCCGGCUUUCCGACUGGCCAGCGACGGGUGUUUGCGAGCGCUUGCCAUGGAGUUUCAAACCAUUCACUGCGCCCCAGGCGACCUCAUCUACCACGCGGGCGAAAGUGUGGACAGCCUCUGCUUUGUGGUGUCAGGCUCUUUGGAGGUCAUCCAGGACGAUGAAGUCGUUGCUAUUUUGGGAAAGGGAGAUGUGUUCGGGGAUGUGUUCUGGAAAGAGGUGAAUUUGGCUCAGGCUUGUGCAAACGUCCGUGCGCUGACCUACUGCGAUCUUCACAUCAUCAAACGGGACGCCUUACAGAAGGUUCUGGAAUUCUACACAGCCUUCGCCGGACACUUCUCACGGAACCUGGUGUUAACCUACAACCUGAGGAAAAGGAUCGUCUUCCGAAAAAUAAGUGACGUCAAACGGGAGGAAGAAGAGAUGCUGCGAAGGAAGAACGAAGCGCCUCUGAAUCUUCCUCCAGAUCACCCCGUCCGGCGUCUCUUCCAACGAUUCCGUCAGCAGAAAGAGGCCCGUCUGGCGGCGGAGCAAGCGAGUCAAGGAGAACAGGACGUGGAGAGAGGCAAAGCAGAGACCGCGGUACACGAGAUUACAGCAACGACCAGCGUCGUCACAGUCACUGAAAGUCCAGCCACACCGAUUUCCUCCCCCUCAUCUAGAACGUCAUAUCGAGCCAAACUUUGCACUCCUGUGACCCCUAAUGGAAACUGUACAGGAAACAAGUCAGCAGAACCACCCAAAAGCAAAGGCUGGGGUCGGCUUAAAGAUGCCACGGCUAAGUCUGAUCUCUCCUGGCGUUCUGUGUCCAAAGCCGAGUCCAUGGAGAUGCUUCCAGACAGGACUAAGUCGCAAGAUGAACUGACCCUCAAGAAGACAGACUCGUGCGACAGCGGCAUCACCAAGAGUGAUCUGCGACUCGACAAUGUGGGCGACGGUAGCGCUCGGACCCCUCAGGAUCGGAGCCCCUUGCAAGCCGAGGGCAAGCGAGCGUUUUACCCCAUCCCAGAACAGAGUCUCCAGGCCUGCUUUACAGAACUGAAGCAGGAGCUGCGAGGAGACAUCCUUUCACUCAGCAGCAGAAUGAGCGCGCUCGAAAGCCAGCUCGCUGAGAUGCUUCGGCUUCUCAAAGACAGAAAGAUCUCAAGAUCUUCAAACCUGUUUGAUAUAUCAAGACCAGACUCUCCAGUUUCAGAAAAGGAUGACAACAUAUUCUCCUAAGUACGUUUCAUGUCUGAUGCGGCGGGCUGAAAGUAACACGGUUUGGUCCUGUUGUAGUCAAAGACAAACUGACCUCAACUAGUAUCUUUCUUUAAAGACAGAGAAAUUUUUUCAGUGUUGUAAUUUUUAAUUUUAACUUGUGUUGCGGCGUUCAUACACUCUUAAAGGUGAAGUCCACUUCCAGAACAAAAAUUCACAUAUAAUGUACUCACCCACUUGUCAUCCAAGAUGUUCAUGUCAUUCUUCUUCAGUCAUAAAUAAAUUGUUUUUUGAGGAAAACAUUUCAGGAUUUUUCUCCAUAUAAUGGACUUCUAUGGUGCCCCGAGUUUAAACUUCCAAAAUGCAGUUUAAAUGCGGCUUCAAACGAUCCCAAAUGCAAAGAAGAUCAAACACCCUUAACAAAAAAGGUAAAACAGCGAUAUAGGAUGAUUUUGAAGUUGAGGGAGAACAUGAGAUGGGAGUUUUUCGACAUAUCCUAACUGUCAUGAACCAGAACAAAGAGUUCAGGCAGUUUAAGACAAGACGAGUGUUUGACAUUAAAAAGUAUAAAAAUUUUAUUAUUUUUUAUGAAAAUAACUAAUAGUUUCUCUAGAUAAGAUCCCUUCUUUCUCAGCUGGGAACGUUUACAACUGCAUUUGGGAUCAUUUGAAGCCACUUUUAAACUUAAUUUUGGAAGUUCAAACUUGGGGCACCAU